AUGCAGUUCAAGCUCGCUCUCCUCGCCCUCAUCCCGGCUCUCGCCGUCGCUGCCCCCCUCGAGGCCCGCCAGGGCGGCGUCUCGGUCACCUGCGGCUCCACCUACUACUCGAGCACCCAGGUCAACCGCGCCGUUAACAACGCCAUCCAGGACGCCGCCUCGUCCACCACCUACCCGCACACCUACAACAACUACGAGGGCUUCGACUUCAGCGACUACUGCUCCAGCGGCCCCUUCGAGGAGUUCCCCCUGGUCAAGAGCUCCUACGGCUACACUGGCGGCUCGCCCGGCCCCGACCGUGUCAUCUACAACCCCAACACCGGUCGCUUCUGCGGUGCUAUCACUCACACCGGCGCCAGCAACAACGCCUUUGUCGGCUGCAGGUACUAG